AUGACGGAGAUUUUUAAUGAAUAUUUCUUCUCUGUGUUUACCAAGGAGAGAAUCAUGGAUGCUAAGGAAAUGAGAAAACUGUUGAUGGAAGCCCCACUCCUGAGACCUGAGCAUAAGAUCCAAGCUGGUACUUCAUUGAGUGUGGCUGUAAGGAAGUUUUACACGGUUGAUGCUGACGAUGUCAUCACUAAAGAGGAGCAGAUUUAUCUGCUGUUUGAGGCAAAGCAAAAUUGUGAGAAGAAUCUGAACAGAAGACCAGCUCAUAAAGCAGGUCUCAGUUGCAGGCCUGAGUGGGAUGGUAUCGUGUGUUGGCCCCUGGGGACUCCCAACAAGAGUGUCUCAGUCUCAUGUCCUGAGUAUAUUUAUGAUUUUAACCACCGAGGUCACGCCUAUCGCAAGUGUAACAUACAUGGGGACUGGGAGUUAGUCCCCAGCAUUAACAGAACCUGGGCAAACUACACUGAGUGCACCAAGUUCCUGAAGCCUGACCACUGGCACCAUAAGGAAGUGUUUGAGCGUCUCCGCCUGAUCUACACAGUGGGGUAUUCCAUCUCAUUGGUCUCGUUGUUGGCUGCUGUCUCUAUUCUCAGCUACUUCAAGCGUCUGCAUUGUACCAGAAAUUAUAUUCAUGUGCACCUCUUCACUUCGUUUGUAUGCCGAGCUAUCAGUAUCUUUGUCAGGGAUGCUGUGGUCUAUUCAGACUCAGUGGUGGAUGGGCUGGAGUUCAGAGUUGAAGAUUUAACUGCAAUCUCGUCCCUCACCUCCCGUAGCAGCCUGGCUGGUUGUAAAGUGGCAGUGACGAUAUUCCUAUACUUUCUUGCUACUAAUCACUACUGGAUCCUGGUGGAGGGCCUCUAUCUACACAGUCUGAUCUUCAUGGCUUUCCUAUCAGACAAGAAAUAUCUCUGGGCACUAACUCUGCUUGGUUGGGGAGUCCCUGCGGUGGUGGUGGCUGUAUGGGGGAGUGCCAGAGCAUUAUUAGCUGAUACACGCUGCUGGGAUCUAAGUGCUGGAAACUUGAAGUGGAUUUAUCAGGUUCCCAUUCUCACUGCAAUUGUACUGAAUUUCUUCCUGUUCAUAAACAUUGUCCGGGUUUUGGCAUCAAAACUCUGGGAGACAAAUGCAGGAAAACUGGACCCACGGCAACAGUACAGGAAACUGCUGAAGUCCACACUUGUACUUAUGCCAUUGUUUGGGGUCCAUUAUGUGAUUUUCAUGGCGAUGCCCUACUCUGAGGUGUCCGGAAUCCUUUGGCAGAUCCAAAUGCAUUAUGAGAUGCUCUUCAACUCCUCACAGGGCUUUUUUGUUGCUUUUAUUUACUGUUUCUGCAAUGGGGAGGUCCAAGCAGAAAUAAAGAAAUCCUGGUUCAGGAGGAAUGUUGCUCUAAACUUCAAUCAGAACAUGCGAACUGGCAGCAGCUGCCCUUAUGUAGCAGUGACCUCUCACGCCACCAAUAGUAUCAGCACCAGCCUGGCCACCAGAGGAGUGUCCACCCUGCACACAAACACCAGACACUCUGUACCGCUGCUGCCUUCAUUCUCUAAGCUGCCUGCCUACAUCACAAACACCUCUCAGUCAGACAACUCACUGCCUUCUCCUACCCUGGACAGCAUCACGAGGAAGGUGGAGAGCAAGGACCAUUUUGCAAAUCAGGAGCAGCAGAAGCUGAAGUCCCCUCUCCACAACCAAUGGGAAACAGUGUUAUGA